CAGAGAGUAUAUACGUACCAAUGUAUUAGUACUAUGAUAUUCAUAGUACUGGAUAUGUAACUAUGAAUAUGGUUAUUACUAGAUUUAUUAAUUUAGGGUGAUAGUAAAGAGGAAGAUAUGUUUCAAUUAUUUGUUCUAAGUGUUUUCAUAGUGUUGACAUGUGUAGAUGAUAAUUUAUGCUUGGGAGAUGAUACUGAAUGUGGUAGAGUACAUUUAACAGUAUCCUCUCUAGAAGACACAUAUCUAGAAUUAAACUGGAUCACAAAUUGUGGUAGUUUAAAUGACGUUAUACCUGAAUAUAUUUUACUUUCGAGCAAGAACGUGCGAGACAGAUAUGAGGAUUCAAACGUACUAUUGAAAGUUAAAUUCUCGGACUAUCCCACCGGUUACUAUAGAUCAAAGGUGAGAUUUGGAGAACCAUGGCUUCCAGGAAAUUGGGAAUACAACGAGAAUCUCACCAAAGCAGAUCCAGGUCCUCAUUGCUUUCCCUACUGGAUAUCUUCCAUCAAAGGCCAUCAAAUUAUCGAUUCAAGAUGCCUAGCUAUUCAGCCAACUUGGAUGAGCGAUAAUAGUAAAACUAUUGGGAACAACAGGAUCGGGUCUAUGUUUAUUCCCGGGACACACAAUUCUGGAUCGUUUGGCGGCGCGCCUACCAUUUUAGAGAACUAUGUUUUAAAUCAGGAUAGAAGUGUGUGGACUCAGCUUGUAUUUGGUAUAAGGUACCUGGACUUUAGAAUAGGCUACUACGAAAAGAAUGGGUUUUACAUUAACCAUGACUUGUUCAUGAUAACCAAGAUCAACCCCAUCCUCAAAGAAAUAAAGAAGUUCGUCGAAUUAGCACCAAAGGAAGUGAUAGUAGUAGAUUUUCACAGAUUUCCAUAUCCAACAAACUUUUCUUACAACUUACAUAAGAAAUUUACUGAUCUUGUAUACCAGGAACUGGGAAAUUAUGCUUUGCCCACCAAGGACUUACAAGUUGGAAAAGGGCCGUCUCUGAACGAAAUUUGGGCGAGGAAUAAAAACUUGAUUAUAUGUUACGCGGACAGAGCCACAGUCCGAGCAAACUACUGGCUUUGGAACCCCAUGCAGCAAUUCUGGGGCAACACCAAGAGAGUUCCUGAACUGAAGAGGUUUCUGGCCAAGUCGAUAACAGAUCACCGCCUCACUAUCAACCCCAUGUGGGCCCUUAUGGCAGAGUUAACUCCCAGCCCAAUAGAUUUCGUCCUCAGGACGAAUAAUCUGAGAAAAUUGGCCGACGACGUGAAUAGGCACGUCACAAAGUGGAUAAGAGACGAGUGGGGAAAGCAAGUCAACGUUGUAGCGUCUGAUUAUUUCUUAGGAAACGAUCUCAUCAAUAUUGCUAUCAACAUCAACUCUCGGAACGGGACAUAACUAAGUACAAUAAUUUUACAAAUAAACUAUUUUGUAGAUA